CCGAUCAGCACCACUCUGCGCGCUCUGUUAGAGCCAGGAAUAGUCCUUAAACCGAGCUACGUUAACAGAGCUUACCUUGACACACAGACUUGACAGCCGCGAUUGGAUUGUCUGUUGUAAUUUUUUUGUUUUGAUUUGUGAUGCGAGUUAUUAAGAAUAAUUAACUAUGAUGUUUCUUUUUCUAGACCUCUGCCUCUGGGAGACACUUUUACGCAACAGUUGAUCGCAUAACUCGAUUCUGGAUUAAUCAGACGAUCCACUACGCUCGGGCUUUUUUGUUUUUCCCCCUCAACUCGACUUUCCAAAAAGGUUAACAUCGUAGGUAUGUAUUCACUCCUCUACGGACUGUUAUGUUUUUGUGCACUGGGGAGCAGACAGCCAGUGAGCGGCCAGCCGGACGAUGGAAAACGGUACAUUUGUCGGGCGAUACCCAUUAACGGUGACAGCAGUUGCCCGGUGACUUUGUUGCCCGAGCUGAGCGCCGGGAGCCAGGAAGAGGAGCUCAGAAAUACUGUCAUGCAGCUACGGGAGACAAUCCUUCAGCAAAAAGAAACUAUUUCGAAACAGAUAGGCACCAUCAACGAGUUAACCACCAAGCUGUCGCUUUGCGCUUCUGCUUCUGAUGACAUAAAGAACGAAAAGGGGGGUUCUUGGGGUAAAGAGAAGCAAAAUACAAUGGGUGAUGUUCCCAGAGAUCCCAAUGACACAAUCGACAGUCUGGGAAAGACCAUGCAGGGGCUCAAGGACCGGCUGGAAAACCUGGAGCAACAGCAAAUGCGGGCCAACCUUUCUGGGGCCUCAUUCCCCAGCGAGCUCCGCAAUCUGCUGCAGCGACGCCUUGGGGAGCUGGAGAAACAGCUCCUGAAGAAGGUCAGCAACCUGGAGGAGGAAAAGAGCAUGCUGUCCAACGCAACAGCUGCGUACAGGCAGAAGACAGAAAGCCAGCUGAAUGCUCUGGUGGAAAGGAUCAAUGAGCUGGAGAAAGGGGGAGGAGAUUUCAAGUCCCCAGAGCAGUUUAAGUUGUCCCUCCCCCAGCGUACCAACUACCUGUAUGGACGUAUCACCAAAAGCCUGCCAGAGAUGUACGCCUUCACACUGUGCAUGUGGAUCAAGUCAAGCGCCAGCCCUGGCGUAGGCACACCCUUCUCUUACGGUGUACCCGGGCAAGCCAAUGAGAUUGUUUUGAUCGAAUGGGGCAACAAUCCAAUUGAGUUGCUGAUCAAUGACAAGGUAGCUCAGCUGCCCUUGGAGGUGCGCGAUGGACGAUGGCAUCACAUCUGCAUCUCCUGGACCACACGGGAUGGCCAAUGGGAGGCUUAUCAAGAUGGAGAAAAGCUCGGAACUGGCGACAACCUGGCUGCAUGGCACCCCAUCAAACCUGGUGGAGUCAUCAUUCUGGGACAGGAGCAGGAUGUGGUGGGUGGGCGUUUCGAUGCUGGACAGGCCUUUGUGGGCGAGCUGAGUCAGGUGAAUAUUUGGGACCGUGUUUUGAAGUCGGCUGAGAUCCAGUCUAUGGCCAACUGCAGUUCUUACAUCCCUGGGAAUGUGAUCUCCUGGCUGGCAAGUAAUGUGGAAGUCUUUGGGAGGGGAGCAUCCAAACAGCCCUUGGAGAUGUGUCAGGAAAGGCUACCCAAUGCUUAAACACACUGUUUUUGUUGUUGUUGUUGUUGUUGUUUUUUUAAAUUUGUUGGUUUUCAUUAAUUCAGCAUCUUUAUUUGAUUGUCUGUUGAGUGUUUUCUUGGGCAUUGAGUUAUUCCAAGAAUUAAUAUUGUGGCGUGACCCUGCCUUGCACCUUUAACCUGGGAUCUUAUUAGCUAGAAAGUGGAAACACACCAAAGUGCAAAUUGUUGUUUAGAUGUUGCAUCAUUACUUGCUGGUUGUUUUCCUUUUGGGUGGCGCUCAGAUAGAGAUGCACCAACAUUUUUUUCCCACACUACCAAAAUUAACACUAUUUGUCAGUUCUUCCAAAAGCAGAGGGUUUCCUCGGGGUACUGUUGCAAAGUUAAAAAAUUCACCCUUUUUCUCAAAUACACCCAGAUAAGCUUAACCCAUAAAGACCCAAGCAUCCACCAAAACCAUCUACUGAUGUCAACUGUUUAGGUGUAAGGUUUAAGUUUAUUCAGUCAUCUUCCAUAAUACAGAACAAACAAUCACUGAGGUUGAUUUGAAGUCAACUGACUGAACAGGCUUAGGCAGAAGCUAAAUGUUUAUAUACACCUCGCCUACAUUCAAAUCAAUAUCAGUUUUAGGCACCAAACAGUACAUCAAAAAUCAUUAUUGCUCGUAUCCCUCGAAAAUAUCUUUAUAAACCAAUGUUUUGAAAACCAUUUGAAUUACACAUCUUUAAAUGUGUAUUUAUGUCAUUCCAUAAUUUAACUCUAAGAGUUUAAGACCUGUUGAUCCACUAAUCCUAUCAA